AGGACGCCAGCCAUUCAAGAAAUGCUGAAGGAAAACAUUGCACGAGUCGUGUUAUUUUGGCUCAAAUGCAGUGAAUCGGCCGUAGCCAACGCUGUGGGGCGUCUGUCGCUGAAGAUUUCUCUCCCAGUUGAGGUGACGCUCACCCUUUACCGCGCACUGCUCAAGCAAAACCUCGUUGGCUACGCCGAUGCCGCGCUUGCCAUCGCCGCCCAGUCUCAUUUGCCCGCCGUACAAGAGAUGCGGCGGGAGUACCCGUGUGCCGCGAUAUCGCAAUACUUGUCUUGCCAACCCGCCUUCAGGGCUGCUGCCUUCAGCAAAGAAACGCCCGGCAAGGAUUCACAGAAUGAGGAUCCCGACGGACUCUCACCAUCGCCUGAUGUGACGACGAAAAAGACUGAGAUGUUUGCGUCGUUGCCAUGUGGUGUUUCGCCGCCGCUCGUUGAUCUUUUUACCGGACCGCAGAAAAUGUACUUGGAUGAAGUCCUAUAG